AUGACAAUGUCUGCACAAAAAGGCAAAAGAGAAGUCACCAGCUACUCCGACUGGAUGUCGCAACUACCACCUGAACUCCACAACAUUCCUCUCUUUAAUCUGGCCAUACCAGGUAGCCAUGACUCAAUGAGUUAUGAUUUGGACAUCAACUCCUCUAUAAUAGAACCAGAUCAACUGAAAAGAUUGAGCUGGAGUUAUUGUGCACGUUAUAUAGUGCGCAAAUGGUCGAUUACUCAGGAGGAGACCAUCGCUAAGCAGCUGGAUGCUGGAGUUCGCUACUUUGACCUGAGGAUUGCUCGCAAGGCAAAUGACACCAACCCCACACGGCUUUACUUUUAUCAUGGACUGUACACACUGACUGAUGUGGAGACUGUUUUCAGGGUCAUCAAUGACUGGGCAGGGAAGCAUCCCAAAGAGAUCCUCAUCCUGGCAUUAUCACACUUUAAAGGGUUUGACAAAAAGAAUGAAAAUCAGCUCCACGCUCAUCUUAUCAGCUUCAUCAAGACCCUGUUUGGAAGCAAACUCUUGCCUAUGACGUCCGAUCCUACCCUGCAGAGUUGCUGGAGCAAAGGCAAAAACGUCAUAGUUUCAUACGGUAAAACAAAUCCGCACCGUGAGUUAUGGAGUCAAAUACCUUAUUACUAUGGCAAUAGUAUGGACACCACAAAGGUUGAAUCGGAAAUUCGCCGGGUUUUGGAAAAAGCAAGUUUCAAGUAUUUCUUUGUGUGUGGCCUGAACCUCACACUGCCAGACAACGCCGGGAUACUCUUGUACAUUCUCCGCCUUUGUGACAACCUCACCAACGUCAUCCAGAGGAGUCUGCCACGGCUGCUGCGGUGGAUAACACAGCAAGCUGGCAAAACACCUGUCAACAUUGUGGCCUCAGACGUGGUGACUCGUGACGACUUUGUGUCAACGGUUGUCAAGUUCAAUACUUUGAAAUUUGGGAAAGCAUAGAGGGGACACUUCUUGUUUUGUUCCACCUUUUUUUAAAGCUCCCUGUUGUAAAAGUGAGAUUUUCAUGUCUUUUCUAUUAUAAAGCAGGUCCUAUAUAAAU